AUGUCGGCUCAACCCUCCACCACGAAUGGUGCCUCCAGGUCUCCGGCUCCCCAGGCAGCUUCGAAUCCCUCGAAACAGCCAUUGAAGACAAAUUCCGUCGGAAAGACCCUGGACGGUGCUCGUAAGCAGGCCGCGAGUCCUGUGGAUGCCGCUUCGAGAAAAUCUCCUGCCCCGAAGGCUUGGUCUCAGGGCACCAACCCUAUCACACAACGCUCCAAUGCUUCCACGCCCGCUGUCAACGGCCUGCCGAAUGGUACCCCUAAGAAUGCGCAAUCCAAGUCCCAGCAAGAGAAUGGCACAUCAGCCAAGCAUGCCACAGAUAGGCUCCUAUUCUUGCUCGUAAACUACACCGGUAUGGAAGUUAGUAUCUUCCUCAGAAGUGGAGAGCAGUUCAGCGGUAUCUUCUCUGCUGCCUCCACCGAACCUAAUGAUGCUCGUGUCACUCUCAAGUACACCAAGAAGUCGACCCACCAAACCAAUGGCACAGCUGAACAGGCCGACCAGUACAUUGGUGAAGGCCAAGACCAUGUUACAACCUUCAACCUGCAAGACGUUGUAGACCUCUCAGUCAACAACCUUUAUCUGGCUGCUUCGGAAACGAAGGCUCAGCAAGCAGCCGCUCCUGCUUUCCGUACCGACGUCGAGAUUUCUGGCAACCUCAACAUCCGUGAGCGUGAGCUGCAGCCCUGGCAACCUAGUGCAGAUACUGCCAUCGACAUGUCGCUCGAAGACUCGACACGUCCAGGAGAAUGGGAUCAAUUUGCUGCGAACGAAGCUCUCUACAAUGUCAGAAGUGACUACGACGAGAAUCUCUACACCACUGCCAUCAACAGAUCCGACCCUGACUACAGACGCAAGGCAGCCGAGGCAGAGAGAAUCGCUCGUGAGAUUGAACGUAGUGCUCCCGUCAACUCUCACGUCGCUGAGGAACGUCGCAUGAAUGCUGAGAAGGAUGGAGGUCUCGAUGAAGAAGAGAGAUACAGUGGUGUUCGUCGUGAGACCAACAUUACCUCACUCCUGAAGCAAGGAGCACCCAACGCUUAUGUUCCUCCGUCCAGAAGACCUAUCACUAGCCAGCCCACCGUGCCAGGCGCUCCGUUCGACCCAGCUAUUGUCUCGGUCGCUCGCCCUAGCCCAUCAACAAGCACAAACUCGGACAGUCAAGCUGCCUUGUCUAAGCAGCAAGAGCAAAAAUCGCAGGACGAGGCGAAGACAGAGGCAGUCUCGAAGGAAGCACCCGCUACAACUGCUGCACCUGUCCCCGCCCUGCCUACUGUAACGGCCCCCUCUGGAGAAGCAUCGUCUACCGCCUCCAAACCCACUCCUGCUUCGGCUGCCCCUACUGCUGCUACAAAGGCUGUGCCUUCGAUCAAUGCCGGCAAAGGUGCUACUGAAGGAGUUGAGCGCAAGGUGUUGGAUUCAUUCAAGCAGUUCUCCAACACCGAGAAGCUUCGUGUCCAACAGCACCAGCGCGUUCAACAGGAGCGCCAGCGUGCAAGUGCCCGUCAAGAGAAGUCAGUCAAACUGAAUGACCUCAAGAAGUUUGCCGAAAACUUCAAGCUCUACUCGCGUGUUCCCGAUGAUCUCAUUCCUAUUCUGGCCAAGACCAAGGAGAAGCAAAACUUGAUCGUGACAAAGGCCGAGCUUCAGGCUCGUGAGAAGGAGUCAAAGGUGACUUCCGCUGAAGCCAGCCCUGCACCUGCUGCGCCAGUCAAGCCCGAUGUCGCAUCUACUGAGGUCAACAAAACACAGCCAACGAGCCAAACGAGGAGACCUGAAGCCACCAAUGAGCCUGGCUCACCACUGUCACAGAGACAACGCAUGGCUCAAAACUCGCGCCAAAACCAAAACGUACCUCCACGUGGGCCUGGCAUGUCACACGGCAUCCCACCUAGACCCGCGCAGCAGUACAGAGCUCCCACGGCUAACAUGCAGAUGCCCAUGCCUAUCCCCCCGCCUGAAGUUCGUUCUCCCCCUACAGGACCUGCUUCACGAGAGAUUGCUAGUCCUUCAGCUGCUCCGGCCAGGCUUAACGUCAAGGCCAUGGAAUUCAGACCUAACCCGUCAGCGAGCACUUUCACUCCCACAUCGCCCACCAAAGCGAGCCCUCAACCUGCUAAGCGCCCCAGCGUCUCUGCUGCAGCUCCCGUCAAGUUCUUCGCCCGCAAGAAUGAAAAGCCUUUGUCCGAACGGACCCCUUUGAAUGAUGCCUUCAACCCGGUGAAGUACAUGCUCGAGACCGCUGCAGCUGAGGGCAAAACCGAGACGUUCGCCCCUAACGGAGGAAUUCCGCAAGCGUAUCGCACUCCACCAACAUGGGAGGUUGCCGAAGCCAACAAAGACAAGACGUACCGGGACAUGUUCGCUCAGAGUCCUGUCGCCGCUAUCCCACCCAUGCACACUCCCACCAACAGUGUCAUGGCUCACGCACAUCAACUUCCACCUCACCUGCAGAACGUUCCUCCACCCAAUCGAAACCCUGGCUUCUACCCUCCUCAGCCCCACCACCCAGGCCAACACUUUGACGAACAUCGCAUGCAAUACGCUUCGAACACUCCAUCCGUCCAGCCAUCUCCUCGUCUGCCUCCGGCAUUGGCCUAUGGCCCACAGAUGCACCCGCAAAUGCAGCACUUCCCUGCAGGUAUGCCUCCCUACAUGAGUCCCGGUAUGAUGCGUCCCCAGCAAUUUGGUAGUCCUCAAGGCCCUCCUAUGGGUGGUCACAUGAUGGUUCAACAAUCCUCAAACGGACCCUUCAUGAAUGGGCCAAUGGCACAACAGGUACCGAUGUAUGCCUCACCUGUUCCUGGUCAUGUGCAACCUCACUUCCCAGGCCAUCCUGCUCCUCAGCCUGGUCCCGGUUUCGGACGUGGACACCCAAUGAGUCAUCAAGGUUCCCAACAAGGACACCCUGGACAGAUGUACAUGCAAAUGCCGCCCGCUGGACCCAUGAUGAUGCCACAGCAUCCAGGACAGAUGCAGCGUAAUUUCCCCCAAGGACAAUACCCGGGUGGACCUCAGGGCCAGCAUGGCUAUCCUAUGCAGCAUCGUGCCAUGUCUAAUCAGGGGUACAACCACAACCAAAUGACUCCCCGUCAACAUCACGCUGCCCCGCAGCAAGGACCUAGCCCCGGUAUGCCUCCGAUGCACACUGCUGGUCCAGGAGACGAGGGCAAAUGA